UAUUCCAGAGAGAGAAAGUAGGGAGAGAAAAACUAAGCACGAACCUGCUUUCCACGCGUUCAAAAGCUCAAGGUUUCUUCUCUCCCUCUUCAACACAACAUCACAAAUAAAACUUCGAUUAUAUCUUCAAUGGCCGCGAACAACUCUCACUGUUAUUUCACUUUACUCUACCUCUGCUUUACGAGUCGACUCAGUACUGUAUUGCCGGAAAACCCUAGUCACGACCACGCCCAAAUCAGCUCCAACUCGGUUCUCGUCGCCUUACUCGACUCCCAUUACACCGAGCUCGCCGAACUCGUCGAGAAGGCUCUCUUGUUGCAGACUCUAGAGGAAUCAGUGAGUCAACACAACAUCACCAUCUUCGCGCCAAAUAACGAAGCACUCGAACGCGACCUCGACCCCGAGUUCAAGAGGUUCCUCCUCGAACCGGGCAAUCUCAGGUCCCUCCAGACCCUCUUGCUCCACCACAUCGUCUCCAAAAUGAUUCAUUCAAGCGAGUGGGUCAACUCGCUUUCCGAGUCGACUCAGCACGUCACCCUCGCUCACCAGACAGUCGGACUCAGGGAAGAUUUAGAGCACAAAUUCGUCGGUACUGCGAGGGUGGUCCGACCCGACGAUGUGGUCCGUCAAGAUCGAAUAAUUCACGGAAUCGAACGGCUGUUAAUACCCAAAUCAGUACAAGAUAGUUUCAACCGGAGACGGAGUUUGCGAUCGAUCUCCGCCGUUAAACCGGAGGCAGCGCCGCAGGUUGAUCCGAGGACGAAGAGGCUGAAAAAACCUGCACCACCGGUUCCGGCCGGUUCACCGCCGGUUCUGCCGAUAUUCUCGGCCAUGGCUCCGGGUCCUUCAAUGGCUCCGGCGCCAGCGCCUGGACCGGGUGGGCCCCACCACCACUUCGACGGCGACAGCCAGGUCAAGGACUUCAUACAGACCCUAGUACACUACGGUGGCUACAACGAGAUGGCGGAAAUUUUGGUAAAUUUGGUCGGAUAUCGGUUCAGGGCAUUGACGGAGUGUUGUUCCCGGCGGAAGAGAAGCCAGAGCUGGAAAGGAAAGUUGUUAGUUACGUUGCAGCUGUGGUGAAGCCGAGGAGAGAUUGCAGUGUGUUGAUUUCUCAAUGCAAUGUCAACUAUUCAUCUAAAGGAAGAAAAUCUACAAUGGACCUGAUGUGGUAUCUACAAUUGACCUAAUUAAUGCUUGAUUGUUGGUAAGUCUUAUUAAUAUUGUGCAUUUAAUAUAUUGUUCAUUUACAGUGAAAUUUUUGUUUUGAAUGCAGCAAUGUAGAUUUAGAAAAUUUAUGAUUCUUUCAUUUGUAAUCGAUCUGUCAUUGUAAUGAAUGUAAAAUCUUCCAUAAUUGAUUUUUAGAACUGAAUUGGCUUCAGUAGGUAUGAAUGUGUUAUCAAAAAAAAUUGGUAUUAAAUGCAUGCA